CUAAAAAAAAAAUUGAUUAGGCAAGAAAGAAAAAGAAGCCGAAAAGAUAAAGGCUAAAAAGCAAAUUGGAGAGAGAGAAAACGAUGAACAUGCCCCCCACCGCUCUCCAAUACAUCGUUUGUUCUUCACCGGCGACGAAACACAGCGAAGCAACAAUAAUGUCACACCAUCAAUUUUCUCUCGAACAACGUGAUGCACCAAUCGAACCUUCAAUCUCCAAGCAAAGAAAGAAGAGGAAGUGGGAUCAGCCUGAUGAGUCUUUAAUCUCAUGUGGAGUUGUUCUAUCUGGAAUGUUGCCUAUGAACACUGUUGGAUACCCUGGUGUUGCUCUUCCAGGAACAGUUUCAGCUUCUUGUUCUCCUACAACAAGUUCAACGAAAGUUGGUUAUGUCAGUAUCCAGGCAUCAGUAGUGCAGCAACAAGCUGCUGCAGUGGUCCAAAAGCUGAAUCAGCCAAAGAUUCAGGAGGAGCUCAUUAUAGCAAGAGAAAUAGUUAUAAACGAUGCAGAUCCUGCCAUGCGCUACAAGCUCACAAAACGUCAUACACAGGAAGAGAUCCAGAAGUGCACUGGUGCAGUCGUAAUAACUAGGGGAAAGUAUCGACCACCCAAUGCAGUACCAGAUGGUGAAAAACCACUCUACCUUCACAUAUCUGCUGGUGCUCAUUUAAAAGAGACAGCAGAACGGAUCCUUGCAGUAGAUCGUGCAGCUGCCAUGGUUGAGGACAUACUGAAACAGGUUUCUCAGCCACUGAGCACAUGUGUAUAUCUGGGCUUUGAUGCGGAUUUAUCACCAAAUGUUGCUGCAAGGAUACGUGGCCCAAAUGACCAGUAUAUAAAUCACAUUAUAAAUGAAACAGGAGCAAUGGUUGUACUACGUGGACGUGGUUCAGGGUAUCUUGCAAACACUCAGGGUGAAGAGGGACAGCAGCCUCUACAUUUAUGGUUGUCAAGUAACAAUCAAAAGAGCCUUGAAGAUGCAAAACUUUUGGCAGAAAAUCUUUUGGAUACAAUCAGUCGAGAGUGUGGUGCUAGCAGGGCCGCAUCAUGUAAAUUUUACAGUGCUGUUCCACCCCCACAGCAAUUGUUGGUUGGUGUUCAAAGUUCAGGGGCAGAAGUUCAUUCCACCUUGAGUUCUUCGGCAAGCAUUGCUUGCUCAGCUUCAGCUUCUAUGCCAGGUUUACCUGUCCCUUCAGCUGUAGCCCCAGUGGUCCCAGCUGCUUUUCCUUAUGGGCAGGUAAUGCAGCCUGGAGCACUGCUUUCUUCUGGUCACCCCCAGACAAACGGGAUUCCCUAUUCCCAGUCACCAUUGAGUGCCUGUACUAGCUACAGUGCAUAUGCUGGAAUAUAUCCACAGGCUACACCUCUGCAGCAAGUUGCAUUAGCUCUUAGACAAUCAGGUCCAGUCUCUUCAACAGUUGCUUCUGCAACGUCGGCUACAAUGGUGAUGCCCAAAAAAUCAUCAGAAUCAGAGAAGAGGCCUCCACUGAAGCGGAAAUUCCAAGAGUCACCUGCGGCCUUCAAGGGAGUUGCAGUAUCCCAACAGGUAUUUUCUCUGACCUCUAUGAAGUUAACAGGCUGAUAUUGGACCUCUCUAUUGGAAUGUUUUCACAGGGUUUGCAGCUCAGUUGGGGGACAUCCUCAUGUGGACUUUUGAGUGCUUCAGUUCCUGAUUGUCUAUUGGAUUAGUCUUUCUGGUUGUUGAAUUUGCUAAAUAUGUUGUUUCUUUAUCUUCACCCUUCUAGAUGCUAUUUGUGUAGUCUGAUAUCUCACAUUCUAUCUAGCAUCUUUAGGAACCUCCUUUUGGUAGCAGCAACAAAAUAUUUGCCAGCAUACAGUUCGCAAUUGUGCCCUCCAGCUUCCCAAGUUUUUCUUCGUUUCUUCCCUCCUGCGUUUCGUACAGAGUAGCUUUCUAAGAGAUGAAUAGAUUUUUGAGGAUCUUUAUCUUGAUCACACUUUGCUAUUAUUUAAUAGAUAGUUGCCUUGCCGUCGUUUAAAAUAUGAACUGCGUAUUACAGAUCUCUCUGCUGAUUUAUUUCUCUCCCUGCCUCGUUUGCCUCUGAUUAACAAUAUUACCUCUGUUCUAUCUCUUGCAAGCUCAAGCUUUCAUUUGCUGGCAUUAAAGUUACAAUGUUGUUCCUUCAAGCCAAAAAGUGAAGCAAGGAGGAAGUUUUAAAGGGAGAUGACGUCUUUCAUUUAAUGAAUAUAGCUGGAUAUAGCAUUUCUACCUUUGUAUUCUCAUGAACAUUAUAUCUAUUGUAUUUAUGAACUUGUUACAGGAAUUAGAUCUACAAGACUCAUGUAAAUGUCUAUCGAGUAUGGAGAAGAAUAAAUACGACACAACACUCCCACCACCCUCUUUGAAAAGCCUGCUGCCUCCUCCUCCUCCAAGGAGUGUUUCCUCAACGCCUUCCCUGGACUCAAGAAAAGGGCCGCUGCCGCCUCAUCCACCGAAGAGCAUGCAUCCAGCACCACCUCCACCUAAGUUUGAUUCAUCAGUCUCUGACGACAG